AUGCCGAACGUCGCGACGACCGCGAGGGCGUCCGACGCGCGGUCGACGCGCUCGCGCGAAUUCGCUCAAUCUGCGGGUGUUGUUCAUGAUGAUGAUUCUCUUCGACGACUUCGAUCUCGAACGUCUUCCGGGCCCGCGCGGUGGACGACGCGACGACGACGCGUCGCGCGCGCGACGGCGGUGCUCGCGGCGCUCUUCGCCGUCACCGCGCGCGCGCAAGUUCGAUGGCCCGUGGCGAAGGACUCGACGGUCCGUCGCGUGACGGUGUCGAACGACGACGGCGACGUGUACGUGGAGACCUCGGGCGCGAGCUCUGAAAUCGUCCUAAAGUCUGAAAAGGUUCGCGUGGACGGCGACGUGCACUGUUACGACGGCGACGUCGGGAUCUCGCAGAGGGUCGAUGGGUUGACUGGACGCGUCGACGCUCUGAACGCCACGGACGCGACGAUGAAGAGCGUGGACGCAGGGUUGGCGAAUCGAUUGGACUUGUUGAACGCAACCGACGAUGGGUUGGUGAAUCGAUUGGACUCGUUGAACGCAACCGACGAUGGGUUGAAGAGUCGGUUGGAUGUUUUGAACGCCACGAAUACAGAGUUGAAAACUAAAGAAACUGAAUUGACUGGACGCGUCGACGCUUUGAACGCGACGGCUUCGGCGUUGACGCCCCCAAAGUGCAUGCCCCCGGGCGGGGAUAAGUUGCGCUUCGACGGCACCAACUGGUUGUGCGUGUGCGUGGAGAACUGGUCCGGGACGACGUGCGAGACGCCGCCGAGUCCGCCGCCGAGCCCGAGUCCGCCGCCGCCGUACGUGACGCCACCGCCGGCGCCGCCGAACCCGCCGCCGAGUCCGCCGCCCGAUCCGGCGUCGCCCAACGAACUUUUACGUCUCGCCGUCGCGGCGUGCAUCGCGAGGAGCAGCUCCGGCGCGUGUACGUGCACGUACAAAAAUCCGUGUGGCUACGUCACCGACGGACGCAACAUAUCGGAUUUCGACACGUCAAACGUGACGGACAUGCGUGAACUCUUCAAGGAAAAGGAGGGUUUCAAUCAAGAUCUCUCGAGAUGGAACACGUCCGCGGUGACGAGCAUGUCGUACAUGUUUUACAACGCGAGGGCCUUCAAUGGAGCGAUCGGGUCGUGGGACGUUUCGAGCGUGACGGACAUGUCGUACAUGUUUUACGAUUGGUAUUCUUGGCAGAGUAAAUUCAAUCAACCGAUCGGGUCGUGGGACGUUUCGAGCGUGAAGGACAUGUCUUACAUGUUCUAUUACGCACACUCGUUCAACCAAGACUUGAACAACUGGAACGUGAGCGCGGUGACGAACUUCUAUCGGAUGUUUUAUAGCGCUCGCCAGUUCAACGGUGAUAUCACGAGUUGGGACGUCCGAGGCGCGUCUUCGAUGUACGACAUGUUCGCGGACGCGUCUGCGUUUAACCGUGACAUUCGAUCCUGGGACGUAUCCUCCGACGUUGACACGGGGAAUAUGUUUCGCGAUACGCGUUUCGUGCAGAGUUUCAAGUGUCCGAACGACCAGGACGGCCCGCCGUCGGCGUGUUACGUCACGCCGUUCUCCUCCUCCGUCGCCCUGGAGCAAGCCGUGGACGCGUGCUUCGUAGAGGCGCUCGACGGAUCUUGUCAAUGUCUGGACAAGUGCGGCGAGGCGGGACUUCCAAUCUCGUCGUGGAACACCACGGGCUUGCUCAACAUGCACGAUUUGUUCGCCGAUCGCGAGUUCUUCAACGAAGACUUGAGCAAGUGGGACACCUCGCGAGCGAUUCGCAUGGACGACAUGUUCCGAAACGCCAAGGCGUUCAAUCGCGACAUCUCCUCCUGGGUCGUCGAUAGCGUCCGCGAUAUGUCCAACAUGUUCAACGGCGCGACGACGUUUAGUCGUAACCUCACGAGUUGGCGCAUCGCGAGCGGGGCGAAUCUCACCGACAUGUUCAAGGGCGCGACGGCGCACAACGCGCGAUUCACGUGCGACGACGCGGACGACGGUCCGCCGAGCUCGUGCGCGGCGACAGCGUACCCAUCCAGUCUGGCGCAUCGUUUCGACUUUUCCGAAACGGUGGAAACGUCGGGGGACGUCGUGACCUCAUUCGCGGACGCGACGGGCAAAGCGACGGACGUACAAGUCGUCGGGUCGCCGACGUACGCGCGACACGUCCAGGCUGGAUUGAACGCCAUCAACUUCACCGCGAAUGGGCAGUACCUGCAGUUUACCGCCGGCGGAGGCUCGGAACCCGAGGUUUUCAUCGUCUAUCGCGUCUUGGCGUACGCAGAGCUAGGUGUGAUCUUCACCCACGCGACAGGCUCGACCGGGAGCUAUGGUUUUGGGACGUCUCAGAUGGGCGUGGCGAAUAAGAUUGGUCUCAGCGCGUCGGACGGCUCGGCUUUCGCGAGCGUCAACGCGUCGUACGACGCGUGGCACGUCGCCGACGUGUACUUUGGCUCGAGCGACGGUUUCGUCGACGUCGACAACGGCACGAGUGCGGUGGAUUUCCAAACGAGCGGCAAGUACACGGCGAAUACGUUGACGAAUGUCAUGAUUGGCGGCGCCGCGUUCGACGGUCACCACGUCCCGAACCUCAUCGGCGAGGUUUUGGUUUUCAACGCCAAAUUAUCCGACUCUGAUCGCGCGCGCGUGCGCGCGGCGCUCAUGUCCAAGUGGGACGUCCCCAUACCCGAUCGACGAUGGCGGUACGUUGAGCAGGCCAAGCUCACGGCGUCCGAUCCUGGCUUGAACGAUCGCUUUGGCUCCUCCGUGAGCGUGUCGGGCGACACGGUUGUCGUCGGGGUCCCGAACGACGACCAAAGCGGUGGUACUUCUGACGGUGACCACGGUAGUGCGUACGUGUUCACGCGCGCCUCCGACGGUACGUGGACGCAGCAGGCCAAUCUCACGGCGUCUGAUGCUGGUUCGAGCGAUGAGUUUGGCUACUCCGUGAGCGUGUCGGGCGACACGGUUAUCGUCGGUGUCCCGAACGAGGACCACAAUAGUACCUCUAAUUAUAACUAUGGUAGCGCGCACGUGUUCACGCGCGCCUCCGACGGGACAUGGACGCAGCAGGCCAAGCUCACGGCGUCCGAUCCUGGUCCAAGCGAUGAGUUUGGCUCCUCCGUGAGCGUUUCAGGCGACACGGUUGUCGUCGGGGCACGUUAUGAUGACGUCAAUGGUCUAUCGAACAGCGGCAGCGCGUACGUGUUCACGCGCGCCUCCGACGGGACAUGGACGCAGGAGGCCAAGCUCACGGCGUCCGAUCCUGGUUCAAGCGAUCACUUUGGCUCCUCCGUGAGCGUUUCAGGCGACACGGUUGUCGUCGGGGCACGUUAUGAUGACGUCAAUGGUCUAUCGAACAGCGGCAGCGCGUACGUGUUCACGCGCGCCUCCGACAGGACAUGGACGCAGGAGGCCAAGCUCACGGCGUCCGAUCCUGGUUCAAGCGAUGAGUUUGGCUUCUCUGUGAGCGUUUCAGGCGACACGGUUGUCGUCGGGGCACAUUAUGAUGACCAUGAUACAAACACAAAUUACAACUAUGGGAGCGCGUACGUGUUCACGCGCGCCUCCGACGGGACAUGGACGCAGGAGGCCAAGCUCACGGCGUCUGAACCCGAAUCAAGCGCUGAGUUUGGCUACUCCGUGAGCGUGUCUGGCGAUACGGUUGUCAUCGGGGCGCGUCAAGAUAGAGCGAAUGGUCAAUCGUACGGCGGCAGCGCAUACGUAUUCAGACAUCAAGGCGCGACCUGGGCACAAACGAACAAGCUUGUUGCGUCUGAUCCUCGCCAAUACGAUGAGUUUGGCUCCUCCGUGUGCGUGUCCGACGAAACAAUAAUUGUUGGAGCAACUGAAGAAUCUUUUGGUAGAGAAGGUAGCGGAAGCGCGUACACAUUCGCGCUCUCGUCGUGA